AUGGUUAAGUUAGCAACAAGGAGGCAGAAGUAUGAAGAAUGGGAGAGGCUGUGUCCAAAAAUUACGAAGAGAGUUCAAGUAUUGUGCAAUGAGAGUAGGUCUUGUAGGGCUUUCAUGUCUAGUCCAGGGGAGUAUGAGGUGGUGGAGGGUAAAUCAACUUUGGCUGUCAGUUUGAACCAACGCACAUGCCUUUGCAAUGUGUGGCAACUCACUGGCAUACCAUGUAGGCAUGCAAUGAGAGCGAUACUUCAUGAAGGUCUUGAUCCACAAUCCUUGGUUGAUGAUUGGUAUUCAGUAGAGAAAUAUAAGUUGGCCUAUCAUCACAACAUUAAACCUAUCCCUGACCAGGAUAAGUGGCCAGCAACUGAACACCCUACUAUAUUACCUCCUGUGCUCAAAAGAGGUGUUGGUAGGCCUUGUAGGAAUCGAAAAAGAGGUGAUGAUGAAGAGAGAAAGACAAAGAGGAGCAAGACAAUAAAAUGUGGGAAGUGUGGGGAUUUUGGUCACAAUAAGGCCAGUUGCAAGGGAGGGGCAACAAAAAAAUAG